AUGGAUGCCAUCCGAAUUUCGAAGGUUGAGAAAGUGCUAUGCAGCAAGCCCGGGAAGAUAUAUUCGGGCACUCUUCAUCUGACUGCCCACCAUCUUAUCCUCUCCUCCAGCGAUGACGCUGAAUCAGAGAUGUGGGCGAGUCAUUUUCUCGACUGUCACAUUACCAGGCUAGAUUUAUUACGCGCAGGUACCGUACCCUUUGAUCGCUCUGGUAACGCGCCUACCGCAAACCCUGAAGAGGACGAGGCGUUGGAUGUUUUUGAGAGCGUGAAAGAACUCACCGUCGCUCCGUCUAUAACACAGCUUUACGCAUUCUUUUACACACCGAACCCACCCCUUACUGCCAACGACGGCUGGUCCUUGUACUCUGUUAGAGAAGAGUUUGGUCGUAUGGGAGUCGGCGCACGAACUAAAGCCUGGCGUUUCACCGACAUAAACAAGGACUACACCUUUUCCCCCACAUAUCCUGCGCGAUUGGUCGUCCCGACAAGGAUCAGCGACGCGACACUACAGUACGCUGCGAAGUAUCGAAGCAAAGGAAGAAUUCCCGCGCUAACAUAUCUGCACUGGGCUAAUUAUGGCAGCAUCACGCGGUCAAGCCAGCCAAUGGUUGGGCUGACGAACGCACGUUCCGUUCAGGACGAAAAGCUUGUUGAAGCUGCAUUUCAAUCCCAUUUUUCUCCCGAAUCUCGAGCUGCCACUGCACCUGUCUACGGCGCUACUACCACGAAUCUCAUCGUCGACGCACGGCCGACGACAAAUGCUAUGGCCAAUACUGCCAAGGGCGCUGGUACGGAGAAUAUGGACCAUUACAAAGAUUCUAAGAAGGUGUAUCUUGGUAUCGAUCAUAUACAUGCGAUGCGCGAAUCUCUUACUCGAGUGGUGGAGGUCCUCCGAGAGACCGAGGCGCUUUCGGCGAGCGUGAGUGGCGAUGUCCCAGGAAGUGCACCUCUCAUCCCGGUUGAUCGGCAAGCUCUACGCAAGACUGGGUGGCUGCGACAUAUUUCAGGUAUCCUGGAAGGCACCCACAUCAUCGUCCGGAAUGUCCAUGUGAACAACUCCCACGUAUUGAUCCAUUGUUCAGAUGGAUGGGAUCGCACAUCACAGUUGUCUUCUAUUGCCCAACUUUGCCUGGAUCCUUUCUACCGGACUAUUCGCGGUUUCCAGAUCCUUAUAGAAAAGGAUUGGGUCAGCUUUGGGCACAAGUUCCUCGAUCGAUGUGGCCAUCUCUCGUCCGAGAAGUUCUUCGUCGCACCUACAGAGACUGUUGGUGGCGGGGGCGGUGCAGAAGCUGCGCAGGCAUUUUUCGCAUCUGUUCAGAAUCGAUUCACCUCGAAUAACCACAUCAAAGAGACAAGCCCGGUCUUCCAUCAAUUUCUGGAAGCCGUGCGUAACAUCCAACGCCAAUACCCCGAUCGCUUCGAGUUCAAUGAGCAGUUCCUUCGCAAACUUCACUACCAUCUCUACUCAUGUCAAUUUGGCACAUUCCUGUUUAAUACGGAGCGUGAGCGUCGGACGGGCGCCCCGCCGCCUUGCGAUACGACGGUCUCUAUUUGGGACUUUAUGAACACAGCGCCACAGUGUUCGGAGUACGUGAACCCUUCCUACAACUCGGACCUAGACGACCCAGCCAGCAGGGCUCCGAAAGCGGACCAGGGCGUUUUGAUUCCAAAUUCAAAGAACGUGCGGUUCUGGAGUGAACUGUACGGGAAGGGAGAUGAGGAGAUGAAUGGGCGAUUUACACUCGUGCAGCCUCAGGCGAUUGAAGUGGUUGCACCAGUAGAAUCGGUGGAGGACGACCCAGUGCUUAUGGGUAGCAGGCCUUUGACGCCUAGUGCGAGGCCACUUCCUCCGUCACGUACGGUCACUCCAACCCCGGAGUCGACGACACCUUCGUCGGCCUCAUCGACGUUGAAUGUCUUGGGCCCUGAUAUCCUGCGCCGAGCGUCAAGCCCUUUGCAAUCAUCUCAACGGGAGGCAUCAUCGUCUCUUCUUUCUCCACCCUCUCCGUCCCGUUCUCGUCAACAGACAAGACCACCGGAUGUCUUAGCUGGUACGAGUGUUGGUGUCCGAUCUAUGUGGGGCAAACUCUCUUCGAAUGCGAGUGCGGCGCUAUCUGUAGUCCAAGGCGCGUAUGACGGCAUGUCGAAGGAUUUCCGCGGAGGGAGCACGAGUGGGACGGGCACAAGUGCUGGAGAGACGUCAGGCGAACUCCGUGCGCGUGACGAGCUAUCUGGUUGGAACCCAAACGAAGGAGGAGGGGAGGUGCGUGUUGCGGUCAGGCCGAGUACCUUUGCUGCUGCCUCGUCAAAUCCUUGGGCGAGUGUCAAGGCGAAGCCGAACAUACCGUCGGUGUUGAUCGACAACCCAUGGAGCACGGUCCGAUCGCCAGAUCCGCUUCCUUCGUCCUGGACUGCCCAGACCCAGACCCGUGCGACCAAUAGCCAUGCCCCAUUAGGAGAAUCUGCGGGGUCAUUAGGACGGGUCGAGAGCCUUCCUGUUACUAGUGGGCUGGAGGGCCUUUCCCUUGAUUCGGCCUUCGCGCAACCUGUUCCCAGAAGAGCAUCGACACUCAAUAGCAAACCUGUGCUGGAACGGCAGGCAGAAGAAGCACGACGGACACCUGUUCCACCUCCUCCUGAGCCUCCUUCGAAGAAUGAAGACCCGCCGAGGAUGACGGACCCAUUGGGAGUUGGAUUGAUUUAACCUGUAGAUCUCGCACAUUGUAUCUGGAUUGGUUCGUGCGCCGUGUGUUCGUUUGAGUGGUACUUACAACAAUCACUUGUGUCGCAGCGUCUAGCGUUUGUAUUGCCUGCCUCGCCUCUGCGAGUCUGCGCGUGGACGUAACGUCGCGACUCGUUGAAGGGAACGCUUCGAGUAUCGAACACCGAGCAUCGAGAAUAAUUAUUGUAGACUUUGGCGCUGUCCAACGUACGUAUAUAUGCAACACGUAGCAAGCAAGGUGUAUUUUUGCGU